AUGCUUUCAAGAAUCAUGACCCCGACUCCCCCAACCUUGGAGAUGGACGAUGCCAACACCAAAUACGAUGGAAAAUCGAGCAUCCUAACUCACGAACCACACCUCGAGCAAGUUAUCAGCCUGAUUGCUGCACCCAUCGCUGCAGCCCUGUUGGCAUAUUUGCUUCGUGUUAUUCUUGGCCGAACUGCGUAUGGACUCCACGUUAUGUUCGGCAGCUGCGACACUGUGCCUCACUUCAUAUGUUGCAAUCAAGGCUGUAGGUCGUCCUCACUUGUCUAUCUCUUCAUGGUCGACAAAGCCCAUAUUAUUCGUGGUACCCCCAAGUCACGUUUUCAAUCCAAGCUGUACGUAUUCAACUCUUUAUUUGUCCUGGGAAUCUAUAGCAUGAUCGCAACAUUGAACUAUGUCUCUCCUGUGCUUCGAUACAGUGGUCAACGUGUACCUUACUGCAAUGUUCUUAGUGCCGCUAUUCAUUCUUUUCACAUCUUUGGUCAUUCACUGGAUAAACUCCAGCGGCAAAGCAAGGCCAUGUCCCUCCGUCGAGUUAGAAUCGGUUUUAGCGACCGUGCCGGCAUCGCCAGAGGCACUACAGAAAGAUAG